AUGGUUAAAUCGCCUUGCUGGAUGCCGCCGGCCAGAUCAGAACACCGCUCAGUCUCUUUUGCAAAACACAAUUUAUUUGAUGAUAUUUUUAUUUACGACGUAGUGCACACACCGGGAAUUGCGACAGAUUUGAUGCACAUUGAUACCAAGGCCAAAGUUACUGAACACCUGCCGGCCGACGAAGGCUUUAAAAAAUCCCUGAAGGGGGCCGAUAUUGUUGUACUUGUACUGACUGGUCUAGACCAAUGCAUUGAUUAUUCGAGAUAUUUUCGCAAAGUUCGCUGGGACAUGUUCUGGGCGGAAACGCGGGCCCUGAGGACUUCGCUGUCUGUAAUCGGAGGUCACAGCGGUGCCACCAAUCUUCCGCUAUAUAGCCAGGCCAAGUCUGCUGUCAACCUAGAUGAUCAGACUUUGGCUGCAGUUAUUCAUCGUAUGUUUGAACGCAACGAGGGAAAGAGAUAA